GGCACCAUUGCAGCGAAGAAGAAAAUCCUUGUUAUCGAAAUGCAUAAUUGACAGUAAACCUAUGGAGGUAUCAUGGUAGGCGGCUAGAAGUCAUACAAUUUAUUUUUCAAAUCAUGGUAUAUUUACGACAUACCGCCUCAAAGCAGAUGGACGCCCAAUAAUAUAUGAAAGUGGCUGGGCAGCUGUGUUAGCUAACUAAACUAGCUAACGUGAGCUGACUCCAAAGGGAUGGUAGUUAGCUAGCUGCUGCUAACGUUAUAGCUACUGUAUUUGUAACGUUACACCGCAAUCAUGAAUGAAGAUGACAAUUUAGCAUCAGCAAACAAAGACAAAGACUCGACUCUCCUGCUCACUAAAGACGGACAAAGGUACUACGUGAGUAAAAGCGGAGUAGUUGACAGCAGAAAUGUUAUAACGCCGCACGAAUCGGAGAACAACGUCUCCUACGAGAUGGAUGAUCAGGACGAGGAGAGCGACGUUCUGGACACUUCGGAUCCCAGAGACAGCGCCGCGAGCCCGGAGGAACUCAACGACGAGGAGACCUCGGAGGGCGACAACGCUCCCAAACAGUGCACCUAUGACGGAUGCACGGAGACCACAACGCAGGUGGCCAAGCAGAGGAAACCGUGGAUGUGCAAAAAACACCGCAACAAGAUGUACAAAGACAAGUACAAGAAGAAGAAGAGUGAUCAGGCCAUGUCCAGUGGGAAACUUGAUGAAAACUCAGAGGAGCGGCCUGUGUCUGUAAACAAACAGCGUCUUGGUGCCAUGGGGGACCGGCCAGCCAGACCCUCCCUGAUAGAGCAGGUCCUCAACCAGAAAAGACUGUCAUUGCUCAGAAGUCCAGAGGUGAUCAGCUUCUUGCAGCAGCAGCAGCAACUCCUGGCCACACAGAGCCGCAGCCAAUCACAGCAGCAGUUCCAGGGCUGUUGACGCCAGCCUGUCAGUGUUUUACCUUGGUAUUUGUGAUGUCUAGAGAGCACUGAAGAAACACUGGCACGUCAUGCGUAAAUGGAUAGUAACCGUAUACUGUAAACAUGAAUUUCCCCAGCCAGACAGCCAUGCCGAAGAAAAAAUAACUAAACAAUAAAGUAAUCAAGGGGCGUUUUAAAGGCGUGUUGAGACUGGUGGACUGAUCUAAAUCCCUCAAAAGGCGUGAAUUUCUGACAAUGUUUGGUGCUAUUUCUUUUUAUAUUUACUUAUUGUGAAUCUGCCUUUUAGUUUCCAUUCUUUCUGUUAGUUAUCUUUCUUCAUGUGGCAAUAAUAAUGAAGGUAUUGUAAUUGUCUAGUAAAAAUGAAUUAAUGUUGAAGCCUCAGUUCAUCAACAAAAUAGUACUGUGAGCUCAAUUUGAUCGUCUUUCUUUUUCAUUGAUAAAAAAAACAUUUGUUUUUUGUGUGCUUGAGUGUUGCCUGUAAUACUUUUCAGUUUUCUCUUAAUGAAUUAUUGAUCUUCACUUUGUUUUUAAAUAUUUUCUCUUGAACAUGAAGUGUUGUUACAUGUGACAAUCAAUUGGGUAAUGCAUGUCUGAAGCCUCUUCAGUCAAGUGGGGCUUUCAGGACUUGUUUAUACCACAAGAUUUUAUAUCCCUGUUUAUCUGUAGCUGCUGCACGGACAGUACAUUCUAACUGUAUACAAAAAAAGAACACAAAAUAAGUUUGGUGAGAUAAAUAUUGGUCAUGCUAGCUCUGUUGUACGGUACUCUACUGUAUGCUAUUGUAAGUGUAUAUCCUGCUGUGAGUAUGAGAGUAAAAUUAUGAUGCUAAUAUUGA